AUGUCUCAGAAUCUCGAUAAUCGGACCCUAGCCGAGUUGCUUAAACGGGAGCGAGCAAAUUCCAUCUCAAACGCCGUGCUACAGCACACAAGACAGAAGGGCAAGCAUGUUGCGUUCGACGAAAACGGCAACCUCGUGGUGCACCCUGCUGAAGGGCAAGAAGAAUCCAAUAAUAAUCUGAGUCUGGGAGGCUCUCUGGAACGGGAGUCUCGAGAUUCCUCUUUGGAUAACUCUGACGAAGAGGAUGACGUUGACGAAGUGGGGCCCAAGAGCACAAAAGUGAAGCAUCACAAAGAGAGUAAGAGUAAGGGAAAUGCGCUACUGGCCGCCAGUUUGCUGGCCCUUAGGCGGUUCAGAUCUCAUCCACAUUCUUCUACAAGUAUGGGUGAGUCACAACUGCUUGAGGGAGCCUACUUUUCCCACCAGAACUCCCAGUUUAAUCUCCCGGAAUUCAACAAGAGACCUCUUACUGAUACACCCAUUGUGUCGGGGGUGACACUGCCUGAAACCAGAGAGGAAAGCGAGAGCGAAACCGAAGAGUCGCUGACACAGGAGGAUCAGAAGCACGCAAAGAAGAUAUCGCAUUUGAGCUUGGCCGAUCUUAAUGCUGUGUCUGCCGCUGUGGUGGAUGCGUCCAUGCCACUGAGCGGGUCCAUCUCUCCUAAGUCCACUGCCAGAGGUGUCCUGACACUGCAGAUACCCACAAUGGACGCCAGGGACGCUCCAGUCGCUCCACGUCCUUCAAAAGAACCCCAAAUCAAACCACAUUUUACCGUUGAUCCUGUUGAACAGGACAAAAAACAUGCGAAGGUUGAAAAAGAGCGUCAAGAGAAAGUUGUAGAUCAGAAGAAGAAGAGGGCCGACGCUAAGAUCCUAGCCGAAAUCAAAGAAAACCUUCUUCAGGAUGUCCCUCCUGAAUUACAACACCAAUUUGAAAAAUCGCCUUCAUUGGAUCAGCUCAAGAGCGUUUUGCUCCUGAGCCCCUUCCAGAAACUGAAGAAAGCUUACACUCUCAAUAUACCUGGUCAGACAUCCUCAAAAACGUCUCCAGAUGGGCGUAUUGCGUCUAUCGAUGUGGGUUCCAAGUUAGUCAUCGUCAUGGUCGGGCUCCCUGCUAGAGGCAAAUCAUACAUUACGAACAAACUCACUCGCUACUUGAACUGGCUUCAACACGAUUGCAGAGUGUUCAAUGUGGGAAACACCCGAAGGAUGGACAAGGAGAAUGUCUUGGGUCCUGCUCGCAACCCUUUGCCUGAUACGAAUACUCCUCUGCCAGGCCGUUCGCCAGAAACAAAGCCAUCGGCUUCUCACUCUGCCGAUUUCUUCAACCCCGAGAACAAAGCUUCAAAUGAACUUCGUGAAAAAUGGGCUAUGGACACACUAGACAACUUGCUUAACUGGGUACUUGACGGCCCUGGCUCUGUAGGUAUCUUGGAUGCCACGAACUCGACCAAAAAAAGAAGACUCAAGGUACUAAAGAGAAUUCAAGAACGUUCGAACGGUGAGCUCAAAGUCCUCUUUAUGGAGAGUAUAUGCUCUGACCCGGCCAUUCUCGAUACUAAUAUCAGGCUCAAGUUGUCUGGACCGGACUACAAGAACAUGGACCCCGAGGUUGCACUCAAGGACUUUGUGGGAAGAUUACACAACUAUGAGAAGGCAUAUGAGACUAUCGAUGAAUCAGAAGAGCAGAUUGAGGGAUUCCAAUACGUCAAGAUGAUCGAUGUUGGCAAGAAAGUUGUGAGUUUCAAUGUCCAGGGCUUUUUGGCCUCACAAACCGUCUACUUUUUGUUGAACUUCAACCUUUGCGAAAGACAGAUCUGGCUCACUCGUCAUGGUGAGAGUACUGAUAAUCUCAGUGGACGUAUUGGCGGAGAUGCACCACUCACUAAGCGUGGUCAACACUUCUCGAAGACGCUCACACGCUUCUUGAACUAUCAAAGGAAGGAGUUCAGAAGGAGGCAGCUCGAGAAAUUCUCUUCCAGGCUCGAGUUACGCUUUAACGAGUUACUUGACCCCCGGAACGGUUCCAGUGAAGAUGGUCAAGCAAAGAAAACAAGCGUCGGUCACAUUCCAACCGAGCCUAGUUUCUGUGUGUGGACUUCGAUGUUGAUUCGUGCUGUUGAGACUGGCAGUUACUUUGACGAGCUGGCCUACCAUAUCAAGGCCAUGAGAAUGUUGAAUGAGCUUGGUGGUGGUAAGUUCGAGGGCAUGACCUACGACGAGAUUCAGAUGAAAUUCCCCAAGGAGUUUGAAGGCAGAAUCAAAAACAAGCUCACGUAUAGAUAUCCAGGUGUUGGCGGUGAGUCGUAUCUUGAUGUGCUAGUACGCUUGCGCCCUGUGAUCAGUGAGAUCGAAAGGACCACAGAUCAUCUUCUCAUCAUCUCACAUCGUGUGGUGUUGCGAGUACUUUUGGCAUAUUUCCUAAAUUUGGAUAAAUCCUCCAUUGUGGAUUUAGAUGUUCCGCUCCAUACGCUCUACUGUCUUGAGCUGAAGCCGUAUGGUACUGAUUAUGCAAUCUGCGAGUAUGACGAACAGGCUGAUUGGUUUAAGAAGGUUGAACCAGAGCACCAGAAGAGUGUAAGAGAAGUCGGCGUGAAUUACAGAGAGAGAAAGUACUCUGUAAUUCCUACAGCUCCACCCAGCUCAUCCAGCCAACGUCGCAGCACCAUUGUCAAGCCAAAAGACUCGCGGGACCUUCUAGUGCCAGGAAUCAGACAGCAGUCAUUUAGCCUCAGAAAGAGCGUCAGUCAUGGGAGUGGAGAGGGACUUAAGGAACCUACCGUACCUACACCAUUCACUGAGAAGGCCCCUGUAAACUCGUCAAGUUCACGAAAACUUGCGGAUUUGAACAAGAUGCGUGCCCCUGGUCGUGUCUAG